UUAUUUUUUAUUAUUUUUUUAAUCAGAGAAAAAAACCAAAAAAAAAAAAAAAAUAAGCACUUGAAGUAGUAUGUUAGGGUUAAUGGUGCUCUAAGGUAUUUCACUAUUUAUAAUUUUAUUUCUUCUAAUAAUAAAAGGCAAAAACGUUAACCAAACAAAUAAAUAGCUUGGUGGGUCCACUUAAAAGUAAGUGAUAAAGAUUGACUACAGUCUCUGAGGACAGACCCCUCUAUCAAACAGUAUCAAUGUCGGAAUCUCCGCUCGUCCUCGUUCACCGGCCACCUAAACUAAACUUCAUGGACGAGCUUCUAAGUCGUAACUACCGGAUUCUCAACACUCACACCUCAUCGGAUCCGCUUCCAGUCUUCCUCUCCCGUCAAGCCUCCUCCGUCAGAGCUUUCGUCAACAUCGCCCUCCUCAAGAUUGACGCCGAUCUCCUCUCCCACCUCCCUUCUCUCCAGCUCAUCGUCUGCACCAGCGUCGGCACCAACCACGUCGAUCUAGCCGAGUGUAAGCGUCGCGGCAUCGCCGUCACCAACGCCGGCGAAGCCUUCUCUGAAGACGUGGCGGAUUUCGCCGUCGGUUUGCUGAUUAGCGUCCUCCGUCGAAUUCCGGCGGCCGAUCGUUACGUCCGGUCCGCGAAUUGGGCGAAAUCCGGAGACUUCCAGCUAGGGAUCAAGCUAAGCGGGAAGCGAGUUGGGAUACUUGGACUAGGGAGCAUAGGAUCUCUCAUUGCUAAAAGACUCGAACCUUUUGGCUGCAUCAUCUCUUACAACUCGACAAGUCAGAAACAGAGCAUCCCAUACCUUUACUACCCGGACGUUCUCUCCUUGGCAGCAAACAACGAUGUCAUCGUUCUCUCCUGCGCUUUGAAUGAUCAAACGCACCACAUUGUGAAUAGAGAAGUGAUGGAGGCUCUUGGGAAGAACGGGGUUAUCAUCAAUGUGGGACGAGGAGGACUGAUUGAUGAGAAGGAGAUGGUCUUUGGACAAUAUUGCGCUGCUUGUUUUAGCUAACUUGAAGGCGUUUUUCUCGGACCAGCCUUUGAUUUCCCCGGUUCGGUUAGACUGAGAGAUCGUUCGGCUUGAUCAAAAGGGCUAAUAAUCAAACUUUUUUUUAGUUAUUGAAUAAUAUGAUUGUUGUUAAAAAAAAGAGCAAUGUGAUUAAAAAGGUGUACUGUUGAUCAUUGACUCUCUCCUAUAUCGGAGAGAGUCAGUUAUGCUUUUGAACAAUUUGGAUUUUUGUAAGUAA